CUGAGAUUGACGCUUUCUUCUCGUUCUUUGCAACUUUUGAUCUCACCCGGGCUAUCGCCACCGUUGCUGACUUGAGCGAUGGUGCCCCACUCCUGGAAGUGCUCGCGCUGGUCGAUGAGGACUACUUCAGACAAUCCACUAAGCCGUCAUCGGAGCCUUCGGAUAACUGGGUCAUUCGUCUCAAUGGUCUGAAACGUCUAUACAGGUUAUUGACCCAAUAUUUCGCGGAUGUGCUACACAAACCGACGAGUGGUCUCGAGGUCCCCGACUUACAGGCCAUUGCAAAGGAUAACAAUGGCCUAGCUACCCUCGUUAUGUGCCGCAUGACACUUGCCGUUGCUGUACAGUGCGAGAACAACAAGGAGAUCAUCGAGCGAAUACAGAAGCUGAAUGAGAGUGAUCAGCAUCACUUAAUGAAGGCUAUUGAACAGGUUAUGACGAAGAUUGACUCCACGACUAGUAGACGGGACGCAAGCGAGACUGGCAUGACCGAGGACGAUCAUUAUUACCUUCUUCAAUCAGAGCGUAGUCAGGCCCUCACCCAGAAAGACACUCUGGAGAAGGUGUACCAGUCGCUUCUCGAAGAACACCGGACUCUGCAAACAAACUACGAUGACGCCGUAUCAGAGAAGGAUGACGCUCUCGCUCAGCUGCGUGACACCCAACGGCAUAUCGAUACGCUUCGUAGCGACAAGGCGGACGUUAUGAUGCGUGCGGAGAUUGACCGACUACGAUCUGAGCUGCAGAAGAGCGAGGAUAACUUGGCGAUGGCGGAGGCGGAGCUUGACAAGAACGUAUCCCUAGUGUCAGAUAUGAAACGGCGUAUUGAUGAGCUGCAGAGCAAAGCAGACGAAGCCGUGCGGCUCAAAGACCAGGUUGAUGAGUAUCGACAUGCGGCAGACAAGCUUCAGAAGACUGAAAAUGUCAUGGAGAAGUACAAGAAGAAGCUACAAGAGAGCGCCGACCUUCGUCAACAUGUCAAGUCUCUAGAGAACCAGAAUGCAGAUCUCGUUGACAAAAAUGCCUCUCUUGAGGAAGAAUAUCGAAAGGUCGCUGCUUUCAAACCCCUCAUGGAGUCUUAUAGAUCACAGAUAUCCGACAUGGAGAACAAAGCAUCUACACGCAAUCAAGAGCUUGAAUCCCUCAAGUUCGAGCUCGAACAAUGCCGGACAAAGCUCAGGAUCACGACUGAAGAACGUACCAAGGAUUCGGAAGCAUUAGAGCUUUAUCAAGAACGUGUUCGCGAACUGGAGCUCAUGUCUACACGACCAAUACCUUCGGCGAAACCCGCUGAAGAAACCAAAGAUGAGAGCGGUAAUCAAACAGAGAUGACCGAGGCUGAGCUGCUGGGCGAGCACGAAUCGUUCAAUUUGGGAGGAGAGUUGGACGAUGCUAUUACCGGAACGACCACUACAGACCUUAAACUUCAGAUUAGGAAGCUGGAGCGUGAGCUAGAAGCCGUUAAGAAGAAUGAAGCUGAUGCCAGCCGCAUCCUUGUCCUCGAGAACAUGCUUGAAGACGCAAACCGUAUGAAGGCCCGCUAUGAGAGUGAUUAUCUCUCUGCGCACCGCGAGAAGUUGGUUCUUCAGAGGGACCUAGAGGAAAUCCGGAGUGGCAAGUCACUCGGCGAUGGUGCGGAAGCUGCCAUAGCCCUUCGUCAACGGCUGAACGAAACCGUCGACGAACUUGAUACUUUGCACAAGGCACACACGGAACUAGAAGUCCAGCAUGAGACCCAAUCCAAGGAGCUGACCAUUGCCAAGUCCGAUUUAAACCUCGUUAACAAGGACCAGUUAGACAUAUUGUCUAGCCUGCGGGAGUCUGUGAAUGAAGAUAAGGCAGGCUUGCAGACUGAAAUCGAUCGACUCCAAGAUCAGCUCAAGGAGAUCAAGGAGAAGAACCGGAUGCAAUUGGAGCAGAUCAAUGCCUUGUUGCUCGAGAAAGUCAACUUGCAAAGCGACGGGAUUGGUCAACGAGAGAAGAUGUUGCAACGCGAACGUGACUUUGGCGAUCUACGUGCCUCGAUCAGUGGCAAAGACCUUCCCGAGGACAUCAAAGCAAGAUUACUCGCUAUGCACGAGGACAAUCUCAACUUGAGAGAACAGGUGAAAUCCGCCCAAGAGAAGCUUAACAAGGCCAAGCAGCUCCUCAAGACGCAAGAUAAGCUUUAUAAGGAGGCUCAGGCUAAGCUAGCUAGUGGCAUUUUGACCGAUAUUUCUGAGCUGGGUGCUGGUGGUGCGCAGACCAAAGAAGAGGUUGAGCGUUUGAAGCGUGUGAUCAACGAAAUGACACAACGUUACGCUCGAGAGCAAGAGUUAAUGCUUAGCGCGAUCCAUAGCAUAUCAAUGCCUAGACUAAGAGACGGAAGCCUUGGAAGUCGCGCUGGCCCUACUGCCUGGCUAGGCCAGCAGCGGAAAAACCUGGGGCACGCUUUGAAGCGGUAGCGGAGACAGGCAAUAUACAUACACAACCCACCACUAGAGGUUUGAUUAUACCCACAGACCGUGCCACAUCUUGCACAUGCCCAUGUUCAUACAUGAUUUACUGCGGAGCUUUCUUUCUUUCAAUCCCUCAAUGUCUUAUAGCUAUCCAAUGGUCUUUCUGUUUGCUAUCCAAUUGAUCUCGGAACACAAGAUUCGGUCAAAUUUUUUGUGAGUCACCAUUAAGCU